CUCCCAUUCUGAAUCUUCUUUAUCUCUCUCUCUCUCUCUUUAUUAUCUCGACCAUCCUUCUUCCACCCACAAACCCACUCCGCUCCUUUAAUUCUUCCACCCACUUCUUCUCUUAUUUCUACCAACUUUUUAAUCUCAUUUAAUUCUUUCCACCCACAUCUUCCAUUAUCUUCUCUUUUCCCAGUAUCAUUCUUAGUAACUUUAAUUGCUUUGUUGUUUAGUGUCACUGAAAUGGAGAAUCCGCCAGGAGAUUUGAACGAAGAUGGAAUCGAUCUCUUUUCUCCACACACUCCACCUCGAGAUACAACACCCGCAGACACGGAUUUGGUGGUUCCCGAUACUCCUCCUCACAUUCUUGCGGCAAGAGAGACAGGUUGUUCGAUUACAUCCAGAUUUUGGGCAAAACCUUUGUUGCCGCCCAUAUCGCCGGUGCAGGUGGUCCCAUCCAAAAAUCCAGCGAAGAUGGAGAGGGUUUACCAUCCAAUUUUCGGUUACCAUACAAUCUACAACAUGGAGUUUUUUAAGAUCCUUUGGCCCAACCAGUUUGAAGAGGAGGGUUUCUCCCCAAGAGAGAAGAAAGAAGAGAAGAUGACAGCAUCUGGGUCGAAAUUACCCUCACCAAACAUGAAAUCUUCCUCCAGUUGAAGAAGCUCUGCAACUGUGAUAUCUUCCUCCAUUAGUACUGCUGAUUUUGUUGUUUGUAUUGAAGUGUAAACUGUCAGAUUUUGCUGCUACCUUUUUCCCAUUUUUAUUCGUUUUGGAGUAGCUUUUAAGUGCAGCAGAAGGAAGCUUUUAGGUGCAGGAAAAGGUAGAUUUUGUUGUUGCACAAAGGAAGAAGUAGAAAAGUUUCUGGUGCAGGGAGUGUUUUCAAUGCACGUAUAUGUAGUGUGUUAUUUUUAGUUGGAGGGAAGUUUUUGUUUUUAAUUUUUUGUAAUUCCCUCUCAAAAUUUGGUAGAAGUUGUAUCAUAACAAUUGUACUAUGUCUGGCUGUCUGCGUACUACUUUUUGGCUACAGGGACAGUUUACUGUUUUGAACAGUGUUCAUUACAACCUUUGUUGUGCACCGUGUAGUUUGAAGGGCAAUAUAGGGAAAAAAUAUUACUGUAGCACCUUUCUUAAU